CCGAAAACAUAAGGGCACAGGGCGUAAAACAUUUUAACCCCCCGGUUCCUUCUCAACUGGUUCUCGCUUCCUCCGCAGCUCCUCUUGGCCGUCGCCGCCGUCGUUCUCGCGCAGCAGCCGCAGCUCCUCCGGCUUCCAGGGGAUUUAGAUUGAGGCUUUAGAUGGCUUAUAUGCAAUAUGGUAGAAAAGCAUUUGGGAAGAUUAUUACAAACACUAGCCUCCAGAGCAACGAUCGCUUGGUGAAUCCGCUGCUAUAUGCUUGUCAAGGACUUAGAUAUCGGAAGUUGGAAGUCAUUCUAACUACGAGCAUAAAAAAGCUUGGCAAAUCCGGCGAGACAGUUAAGGUUGCUCCCGGGUAUUUCCGCAACCACCUUAUGCCCAAGUUGCUAGCGGUCCCAAAUAUUGAGAAAUAUGCGUUUCUUGUCAGGGAACAGCGCAAGAUCUACCAACCUGAGGAGGAAGAAGAAGAGGUUGAAGUAGUUAAAGAGUCUAAGGAAGACAUGAUGAAGGCAUAUGAGAAGGCAGCAAGGCGUCUAGACAAUUCUAAGCUGGUAUUGCGGAGGUUAAUCGAUGCUGAAAAAUUUCGUUCACGUGCCACAAAAGAUGAUCCUAUAGAAUUGCGUUCACCAGUAACAAAGGAUGAUAUCAUUGCUGAGGUGGAAAGGCAGCUUUGUGUUCGGAUUGCACCUGAAAACCUGCAUCUACCUUCUCCUUUGACAACUUUUGGUGAAUUUGAGUUGCCACUACGCUUUCCCAAGUCUAUCCCUUUGCCGGAGGGGAAGGUUCAGUGGACUCUUGAUGUUAAGGUCAGGGGUAAAUAAAGAUGGGUCCUAUUUUGGCUUUGAUAAUUUCCCUUGUCCCAUAAUAUUCUGGGAUGACAGUUUUGGCUGAAGUUUGUAAUUAACUGAUGUGGCGAUCAAGCUUUGUAUUUGAAGUUAAAAGAGAUUUUGUACCCUUGACUGAUUCUGGAUUUCUGUCAGAUCAUAUGACAAAAGGGUAUCCUGGCGGCAAAGAAUAAAGUUGUUUCUCCUUUUUUCCAA